CUCUCUCUCUCUCUCCUUCAAAGCAGAGGCUGACUCUCUCUCUCUGUUUUGUCUCCUCCCUCCUCUCUCUCGUUUUCGCUUCGUCGUGAACGCACCCCCACGAUCUUCCAUUCCCUCAAUAAUGUCGACUCUCACCGUCCCGCAGCCACUGCCCCCUGUAGCCGAUGACUGCGAGCAGCUCCGGACAGCCUUCGCAGGAUGGGGAACAAAUGAGAAGCUGAUCAUAUCCAUAUUGGGUCAUAGGAAUGCGGCGCAGAGGAAGCUGAUUCGGCAAACCUAUGCCGAGACUUACGGCGAGGACCUCCUCAAGGCAUUGGACAGAGAACUUACCAAUGAUUUCGAGAGGCUGGUGGUCCUUUGGUCACUUGAUCCGGCUGAACGUGAUGCGUACUUGGCGAAUGAAGCGACGAAAAGAUGGACUUCAAGCAACCAGGUUCUAAUGGAAAUAGCCUGCACGAGGUCUCCGCAGCAGUUGCUUAUGGCAAGACAAGCAUAUCAUGCCCGAUACAAGAAGUCGCUGGAAGAGGACGUCGGUCACCACACAACUGGAGAUUUUCGUAAGUUGCUGGUACCUCUUGUGAGCUCCUACCGUUAUGAUGGAGAUGAGGUGAAUAUGACUUUGGCAAAAGCAGAGGCUAAGAUACUCCACGAGAAGAUCUCAGAGAAGGCUUAUGGCCAUGAGGAUCUCAUAAGGAUUUUGGCUACUAGGAGCAAAGCACAGGUCAAUGCUACGCUGAAUCACUACAAAAAUGAGUUUGGAAAUGAUAUCAACAAGGAUUUGAAAACUGAUCCAAAAGACGAGUUCCUUACUAUACUGAGAGCUACAGUAAAGUGCCUGACUCGCCCUGAGAAGUAUUUUGAGAAGGUUCUUCGUCUAGCCAUCAAUAAGCGAGGAACAGAUGAAGGGGCUCUGACCAGAGUAGUUGCUACCAGGGCCGAGGUUGACAUGAAGUUUAUAAGUGAGGAGUACCAGAGGAGGAAUAGCAUCCCUCUCGAUCGUGCCAUUGUCAAGGACACUACUGGAGACUAUGAAAAAAUGCUUCUGGCAUUGAUUGGCCACGUCGAGGCUUGAUUUACAAGUACUCAUGAAGCUAUCCUGGUGGAGGCAAUAUCUCUGUUUUUGGUGUGGUUUGAGGCAUUUCUAUUUUCCUUGCUUUCCAACAACGUGUAGUUACCAACAUGCCUCCCCAGUUGUCAGUUGUAGCUAUGCGAAGCAAAUACACUUCUUAUAAUGGCGUUGGUUUAUGUACUUAUGAGAAGUCUUUGAUUUUGAUCUUUAAUCAAGACUGCUAGUAAGUGAUCGUGAACUUGGUUUCCUUGCAAUCA